ACCAAGGAACGCGGGACUCGGUCGAGGAGGAAGGCUCCAAGUGACAUUAUUGUCCGCCAAAGAAGUGUCACAUCCUCCGACUCGAAUAUCUCGAAUAAAAAUCCCCAACAAUCCCCAACAAUCCGUUUCCGAUUCCAAAUAUCUAGGGCCCAUUUGACUGGUUCACCACAUCGUUGGGUCGAACACGAAGGUGCUUUCAUCGAGCAGGUCUCCGACGUGUGCUGGGUAGCCCUGGGUUACUGGAACUUCAAGACUCGUCACGAAUUUAUCUUGGAGGCUGGUCAAAUUUCGACACAUCGAUUUAGUAGACGAUGGAGGGGCUCCUUCUUUGAUGGGCUGGUAAUGCAGACAAGUCCUGGAAAGGGGCGUUAUAUUGAUGGCUUCGCCGUCUGUUGUAUCGCCUCGUUUCAUAGCGUGUUUUUAGGGAUUAAUAAACCAAGUUUCAAUGAGUGUUAUGGAUUCAUAUUUGGUGUGGUGUUUACAGCCAUGAGACCUUGUGAGAUGAACGGAGAUCAGUCCCAUGCUACUUACCAUAAAACUAUACUUCCACCUGCUCUUACAAAACUGCACGCGAAGAUUCGUUACGAGACAAAGUUCUCUCUCGAAGAAGAAGAGGCUUCUUUAACAAAGAUACAUCUGUGUCUUUCGAUGCCAUCACGUAGGGAAUGCUCAACUUUGAAGCAAUGA